AGGCUCAGAGCGCGUGAACUGUGGGGAGCAACUGACGCACGGAGCUUUACUCGCGUCGCGUUGGAAGACUCUCGGCUUCGUUUUAUGAAAAAAGGAGAACAAGUUUGGUCGCUCCGCAGAGCCUCAGGGCGUUGAAGAUGGCAGUGUGGAUUCAGGCCCAGCAGCUUCAGGGAGAUGCUCUGCACCAGAUGCAGUCGCUGUACGGUCAACACUUCCCCAUCGAAGUGCGACAUUACCUCUCCCAGUGGAUCGAGAGUCAGCUCUGGGAUGCUAUAGACCUGGAGAACCCACAGGAGGAGUUUAAGGCUAAACGCUUGCUGGACAGUUUGAUACAAGAGCUGCAAAACAAGGCUGAGCAUCAGGUGGGGGAAGAUGGCUUCCUGCUUAAAAUCAAACUGGGACACUACGCUAACCAGCUCAAGAGCACGUAUGACCGCUGUCCUCUGGAGCUGGUCCGAUGUAUCAAACACAUCCUCUACACAGAGCAGAGGCUCAUCAGAGAGGCUACAAAUUCGAGCUCUCCGGUUGGUGGGAUGAUGGACAGCAUGUCUCAGAAAUACCAACAGAUCAAUCAGGCGUUCGAGGAGCUCCGCCUGCUCACUCAAGACACGGAGAACGACCUGCGAAAGCUCCAGCACAACCAGGAAUACUUCAUCAUCCAGUACCAGGAGAGCCUUCGCAUCCAGGCUCAGCUGAGCAGCCUUGCCACGCUGCCCCCUGCUGACCGCCAUCUCCGGGAGCCCGCCCUGCUCAGCAAGAGAGCCACAGUGGAGGCGUGGCUUACAAGAGAGGCCAACACACUACAGAAAUACCGCCUGGACCUGGCUGAGAAGCACCAGAAAACACUGCAGUUAUUGAGAAAGCAGCAGGCCAUAAUUCUGGAUGAUGAGUUGAUCCAGUGGAAGAGACGGCAACAGCUGGCAGGCAACGGGGGCCCACCAGAGGGAGGCCUGGACAUCCUUCAGUCCUGGUGUGAGAAGUUGGCUGAAACUAUUUGGCAAAACCGGCAGCAGAUUCGCAGAGCGGAGCACCUCAGACAGCAGCUACCCAUCCCUGGACCUAUUGAAGAGCUCCUGAAUGAACUCAACAGCACGAUCACAGAUAUCAUCUCAGCACUGGUCACCAGCACGUUCAUUAUUGAGAAACAGCCUCCGCAAGUUCUGAAAACCCAAACCAAGUUCGCUGCCACAGUCCGCCUCCUCGUAGGAGGGAAGUUAAACGUCCACAUGAACCCUCCGCAAGUCAAAGCCACUAUAAUUAGUGAGCAGCAAGCCAAGGCCCUGCUAAAAAAUGAAAACACAAGGAAUGAGAGCAGUGGAGAAAUUCUUAACAAUAACUGUGUGAUGGAGUACCAUCAGACCACAGGCACUCUCAGCGCCCACUUCAGGAACAUGUCUUUAAAAAGGAUCAAGCGGUCGGACAGACGAGGAGCAGAGUCGGUCACAGAAGAGAAGUUCACCAUUCUGUUUGAGUCCCAGUUUAGUGUCGGGAGCAACGAGCUUGUCUUUCAAGUUAAGACGUUAUCACUUCCUGUUGUGGUGAUAGUUCACGGUAGCCAAGACAAUAAUGCCACAGCGACUGUAUUGUGGGACAAUGCUUUUGCAGAGGCAGGUCGAGUGCCUUUCCUGGUGCCAGAUAAAGUACUUUGGCCUCAGCUGUGUGAAGCCAUCAACAUGAAGUACAAGGCAGAGGUGCAGAGCAACCGAGGCCUGUCUGAGGAGAACCUGGUCUUCUUGGCUCAAAAAGCGUUCAGCAGCUCCAGCAACAAUCCUGAUGACUACCGCAGCAUGACAAUGACCUGGUCGCAGUUUAACAGGGAAAGCUUGCCAGGGAGGAACUUCACGUUUUGGCAGUGGUUUGAUGGAGUGAUGGAACUCACAAAAAAACACCUCAAACCUCAUUGGAAUGACGGAGCUAUUCUGGGUUUUGUGAACAAGCAGCAGGCUCAGGAUAUGUUGAUGUCCAAACCCAACGGUACUUUUCUUCUGCGCUUCAGCGACUCUGAGAUCGGAGGCAUUACAAUCGCAUGGGUGGCAGAAAAUCAGAGCAAAGCAGGUGAAAGAAUGGUUUGGAACCUCAUGCCCUACACAACCAAAGACUUCUCCAUCCGCUCUCUGGCCGACCGGAUUAGCGAUCUCAAUCACCUCCUGUUCCUCUACCCCGACAGACCCAAAGAUGAAGUUUUCUCCAAAUAUUACACCCCACCUCUUUCUAAAGCUGUGGAUGGGUAUGUGAAACCGCAGAUCAAGCAGGUGGUGCCUGACUUUGCUACGGCCAAUCCAGACCCCAUAGGCAGAACCCCAACGUAUAUGGAUCACGGCGCCUCCCCAGGACCCGUAAAUCACUCUCACACUUACGGCAUCUACCAGACUAUGACUGACCCGGUGUUGGACGGGGACGGGGACUUUGACCUCGACGACACCAUGGACGUUGCGAGGCACGUGGAGGAGCUCCUCCGGAGGCCUGUAGAGAGCCAGUGGGGCGGCCAGCAGUCCUGACUCUUGACCCGUUCAGACGCCACCAAACAAGUCCUGCCCCCCUCACUUUGACAUGGUUUAAUUCCAUUUCACCUGUUAACGUUUGUCUUUUCAUUUAGCUAUAAUGUAAAACUGUUGGCCGUGAUUUUAUUUCCCCUUUCAGCAUAAGAACAUGCACGUCAGUGAUUCUCCUGUCGUUUGUGUCCACGUGUGUUUGUAAAACAGACUCGAUCCACUGCAGAACAUACAAUGUUACAGUAUUGUGAAAAAAGAAAAGGAGAAAUAUUGUCCUUGAAUUUGUUGUGCAUGUAUUUUCAAUUGAUUUAAACUCGUUUUGGGGGGAAAGAAAUGCUACUGUACCAUGUUAUCUCUAGAGCUGAAUGUUAUUUUAUAUUCUCUGCUUUGUAAAUUGGUUCCUAUUUCGCUCGUGACACUGACCUUGCCCUUUUGACAAAAAAGAAAAACUUUAAAGCAGAGUUUUUGCUUUUGCUCUUACAAACCAUAUUCUAGUUCAUUGCUUGUCCGUCAUCCAGACGUUUAUGCAGUACACUAACCUGACGGGCAGAGCGACUCGUUCUGCUCUCUGCACCCAACAGCACACGCAUCCCAACACGGUACGCGAGCUUAAGACAUCCGAUUAGUUCACCAGCUGUAAAGGAGGGGAGCUUGUGCACCUCCCUUGCUCUCACAGGGCUAUUUUUCUUCUGUUUGUACACAGAAAUGCAAACCUAAGCAUUUACCUAGCGCUGCCUGCUUAUCCUCUCAGGUCCCACUGCUCCACUCAUCGAUGCUACCUCGCAUUAGUCCACCGACAGCUGCUGUUAGCGCUGGUUCGCAUGUUUUGUCCGCACCGUCCUCUCUUCAGUUGGUGGAUGUCGUUCUGGUGAUUCGCUUCGAUACGUGUGAAGAAGAUCCCUCUGUGCACGAGCUAACCGUUUCUGUGCUUGAAAACCACUCACAUGAAGACAUCCGGAGUCAUGAAGUGUCUUACGUUUUGAUUGGUAUGCCUAAAAGUUCUGCCUAACGUUGAUCCCGUGCUUGUGUAACACGAUGACACUGUGGCAAAACAAGCAUGUGCACGUCUCUGUGUGACGACACGAACAAGCACGUAGCGUAGACGCGGGUUUCAAAAACCUGCGGGAACUGUUGAUCUGCUGCCACAUUCUAACGUCUGAUUGAGGUAGUUGGUGUUUUGUCUGACUUGUUGUGUGUUCAGACUGUGUGUGUGUGUGUGUGUGUGUGUGUGUGUGCGUGCGUGCGUGCGUGCGUGCGUGCAUGUGUGUGUGUGUGUUCAUACUCUUCGGUACACAGAUCAUAAUUGUUCACAACAGUAUUGCACCUCAGGAAUGAAUUGUUGCAGAAACAGUCGUACAAGCCAAAAAAAAAAAAAAAGCGGAGUUUUAUGUAAA